CAGACUGGUCUUCCGUGGUUACAAAUGUAACUUGUUUUUCAAAGCGUGUGGGUUAAGACGCUUUUCUUAUGCCUUUACUCGGAAACGUCAUGUCGCACCCAGGCUUUAUUGACUGGUUUGUUGUAGCUAGGUCCGGAUGUUCGGACCGUAGGAGCCCAAGUGCUCCGUGUUGACAUCCACGCGCGGCGGAGCGCCAUGACGCAGCUGUCUCUCCGCUGCAUCACAAUGAAAUAUGAAUCACCGCUGUGCAGGCGGCGGCUCCUUUUCCGGGUCUAAAUGCUCGUUAACAUGUGAGGAGGGGGUGUGGUGGCGCUGAGAUUCUCGCUUUCACCCACUGAGCACACGCCCAGGUCUCGGUCGCCGCGGAGCAGGUUUGCUCGCUGGGCCGGUUCAGCGCCCCUCCGCGUCCCGCUGCAGGCUCCGGGUCGAGGCAUCUCCGCUGUCGCCUCCGUCUCCCUGCAAACCUGGAAGCUGUGAGAGCGGAUGGAAGCACUGCAAGUGUCGUGAUCUGUGCUGCGCUGUCUGUCGGUGCCGAAGAUUGAAUGCCUUUAAAAUCUCAAGGCUGAGCCCUCAGCAGGGUGGUGAUGAGCAGUCACGGCAACGGCAGCGGCGGAAGUGGACAGCAUGCCGACUCUCCCCCGCCGCGCCCCCCGCCAGGGCCCAAGCUGCAGGUGCAACGCUCCCUGUCUCGUGACACGAUCACCAUCCACUUCUCUGCUCUGGGGAAAGAGGAAGACGACGAGGAAGAGGAGCUCUAUGGCGGCACCAUGGGGGUGAUGACUCACAUGGAUGGAGCUGAAGAACGGCCUCCUUUAACUGGCGUGGAAGCCAAGGAGGAGCUGUUGCUGGAUGAUGCCAAAGAGGCUGCUGUGCUCGAUGUGUCUUCAGGGUUCCAAGCCUCCACUCCCUCUCAAGCCAUGACCAUCGUCGCUACUUCCAGCAGCAUGCAACUGAGCGCUGCUCCAGCCAGCUCCUCCUGGCCGUCUGAGCGGCCCUCAGGCAUCGCCGCCCCCAGCAGCUCCAACUCCUCGUCCCCGGGCAAAUCCACCCCUCUGUCGUCAGCCAAGCCCUUCCUCAGCCUGGUCAGGUCCUUGUCUAGUGAGGUGGAGUCCAGGGAAAGCCCCCAUCCCCCCACUACCAUGGCUCCGUCGCACGUACGCCACAGACAUUUAAUGAAGUCCUUCGUGAAGUCCCUCUCCACCGAUGCCUCAAAGGCUGAACAGGAACAGCCUGCUCCUCACCAACUCCAGGCUUCGCAGCGGCCCCCGCCGCGCAACAUGCAGCUGUUCAAACAGUUCUCUCAGCCCCGCUUAUCUUCCACUCCAGUCAUCACCAGUCAGGUCGGCAGCGAUUCCAAAACGGCGCCGUCGUCCCCCAUCAUGUCCCCGGACGGCAGGUGCUUCUUCAAGGUGCAAGAGGUGGAGGCCAAAAUCGAGGACACCAAGCGCCGGCUCUCUGAAGUCAUGUCAGAUCCUCUGCAUCUUUUCAGCAAAAUCAUAGGGGAUGAGUCAACGGUGGGAGCCGUUGGGAGCUCCCCGCAUCGCGCCAAGCUUCUGUCGUCCAGUGCCUCGGAGCUCAGCGGCGCCACGGCAUUAAAUGGACACUCGGAGGGCACCAACAGCUUCAGCAUUAAAGAGGAGGAGUGGCUGGAGGGGGAAGACGAGGAAGAGACCCCCACUGAGAGAGGCUACGAUUCGGUGUUUUCAUCGUUCGCGUCGCUGACUCCCGCUCAGACGCAGGCCUUCCCCAAGUCCCCCUCGCUCACGCUAGGCCGCUGCUCCAUGUCCGCCCUGGUUGCCCGGCAAGAAGACGAGGACUUCUGCGAGCUGUACAGCGAAGACUUCGACUUGUGUAGCGACACAGAAACACCAGAUGGAGACCACCCUGGUUCCCAGCAACCAGGGAGCACAGGGCUGUGCAGCGAGCUUGAAAUGGAGGAGAUGGCAGAGGAGGAAGUGGAGACUGUGCCUGUGGUCUGUCUGGUCUUCCUGACUCAGAUGGUUUACUGCUAUUUAGUCCUCCAGGUGCCUCCGUACGUGAGUGCGGUGGUGCACGGUGUGGUCUGCGGAUUCAUGCUGACCCUGCUGGUGCUGUGGCUCUCCGCUCCGAGACGCAGCUCUUCGGAAAUGAGGAGGAGCAGGAGGAGAAGGAUGGAGGUGUGGAACCAGCUGGACAUCAAGGAGCCAGGGAUAUUCAAGGGCUGGAUGAAUGAGAUACAGAGCUACGACCCGGAGAUGUACCACGCCACCCUGACGCACUCGGUUUUCGUUCGCCUGGAGGGCAGCGUCCUUCGUCUGUCCAAGCCCAACCGAAAUAUCUCCCGGCGAGCCAUACACAACGAGCCCAAGCCGGACAUCACUUACAUCAGCCAGAAGAUCUACGACCUGACAGACAGCAAGAUCUACCUGAUGCCACAGAGCCUUGCAAGGAAGCGAAUCUGGAACAAAAAGUACCCGAUUUGCAUCGAGCUGGCCAAGCAGGACGACUUCAUGUCCAAGGUCCAGGGAGAAAGACCAGAGGCCGGGGAAGACAAAUGUCCAAACGAGAGGCUCGACAAAACGGAGAAGGCCGAGGGGCCGGGGGAGGAGCUGAAAAGGCGAACUUCUGGAGGCGGAGAUCUGACAAUCUACUUGUUUGGGAGGACGGGUCGCGAGAAAGAGGAGUGGUUUCGCAGGUUUCUGCUAGCGGCACGGACGAAGUCGGAGGGAAGAGGAAGCGGCGUCGCUGUCAUCUGUAAGAACGCCUUCCAGCCCUCCCACAGCCGCAGCAGCAGCAACCAAUCAGGUGGAGGGCUGGAAGCCGAGAGUCGGAGCAGUAGCCGGGGAGAACUGGACGAGCUGUGCCACGCCCAGUCCCGCCUAAGAGAGAACUCCUCUGCGCCUUCCACUGGCUCUACAUGGAAGCAGAAGAUGCUGUUGGACUACAAUAUCUACAUGGCUAAAUAUGUGAACCCCCCUCCACCGUCCACAAGCCCCACCCCCACCAUGAGCUGCGGGAACAGCCCUGAGGGCAGCCCCAAGACAUCCAGGAAGCCAUCAGAAGGAAGCGUUGAACCCGAGGCCUGGGUCAAUGCCUUCCUGGGGAGAAUUUUCUGGGACUUCCUGGGAGAGAAGUACUGGGCCAACAUGGUCUCUAAAAAAAUCCAGAUGAAGCUCAGCAAGAUCCGGCUUCCAUACGUUAUGAAUGAGCUCACUCUCACUGAGUUGGAUAUGGGCUUCUCUGUACCGAAGAUCCUCGGGGCCUCCAAGCCAUCUGUGGACCACCAAGGUCUGUGGUUUGACCUGGAGGUCUCCUACACCGGGUCGUUCCUCAUGACACUGGAGACCAAGAUGAACCUGGCCCGACUUGGGAAGGAGGGUGAGGGGCUCGGGGAGCACGGGAAGGAAUGGUCCAGGCCACGCACUUACUGCCUGGCAGAUAGUGAUGAAGAGUCAUCGAGUGCUGGCUCCUCAGAUGAAGAAGAUACUACAGAGCUCCACACUGAAAAGUCACUUCAAGCUGGCACUGAAGGCUUCGUGGGAGGCCACAGGCCCAGCAAGAUCAUGCGCUUUGUGGACAAGAUUGCCAAGUCCAAGUACUUCCAGAAAGCCACCGAGACGGAGUUUAUCAAGAAGAAGAUGGAGGAGGUGUCGAACACGCCCAUACUGCUCACUGUGGAGGUGCAAGAGUGCCGCGGGACGCUCGCCGUCAACAUUCCACCGCCCCCUACUGACAGGAUUUGGUACGGCUUCCGGAGUCCGCCUCACCUGGAGCUGAAGGCCCGACCCAAACUGGGAGAGAGGGAGGUCACGAUCGUUCACGUGACUGACUGGAUUGAGAAGAAGCUGGAGCAGGAAUUCCAAAAAAUAUUCGUGAUGCCAAACAUGGACGACGUAUGGCUACCCAUAAUGCACUCUGCCAUGGACACGCGCUCGAAUGCCAACCUAGUUACUGUGACAAGCGAUGCCUUGAAGGACUCCGAAUCAGAAGAGUCCGAGGUCUCGUAGAUGCGAGCGACCUGGAGGGGUCAAAGAUCACCAUGGCAAUAGGAAGAGUCACCACGAGGGGACUGACCUUCCAGCUUCAUUGUUGCACAAACCCGUGGCCAGACUUGACCUAAAUGCACACAGGUGAGCCGCAGAUGUGAGUGAGUGAAGUCAUUCGAUCAUGACUGCAGGAGUGUAAUCUGUUCAUUACAGCGUGUGUGACGCCAAAGUCUGUGUUAGAUCCAGCCGCAGCAGUGAUUUCCAAACCUUCUCACACACAUCGGCCGUGCCGUUCUCAACUCCUUAAAUGCUACUGAGCUCUGGCUACUUUGGCUUCACUCCCACCGGCUAGUCAGGGUGGUAUUGGACAUUUUACUGUACUGUGGGGUCUUGUUCAAUCUGGGUCCAACGAGUUUUCAUUGACCUGUGGUUGUCCCAUCAAUCUGGGUUAUGAGAACUAUAAUGUUUGCAAUGGCCAGCAAAAAGCCAAGAUGGCUGCUCAUGAGGUUAGUCAGCAGGCAAGCCUUGCUAUUCUAUUUGACUCAUAUUACAGUGGAACCAUGUGUUGCUUUCAAGCUGCUCUUGACCCUCCUGCCACCCUCCGCCAAACUUGAAAAAUAAUAUUGUUAACCGCAAUACUCCUGUAAGCUGUGACCCAGAGGAAAGGAGUACCUGCUGCCCAACUUUGCCUCGGGUCUAAGGAAUGUACCACACUCACGCUGCGCAAGGAAUUGCUCUUUCACCAACGAUGCGCUUCAAGAUUCAUUUUCAACUUUGGUUUGGGUGGGUUCUCUGGAAACUUACUCAAAGUUUUCUUUUCACAUCUGGGCGUCGUUCAUCCAUGAAUUUACAUUCGAGUCAUGGAAGUAGGAGGCAACAUGAAUACGUGUUUAGCUGCAACUUCAAGAGACGAGAUUAGUACUGCCUUACUUGUAACAAAACUCCUUCCUAAACAAACAAGGAUAAACAAAGACGAUUAAAAAAAAGAUGCAAUUUCGGCGCAGUGCCACCUGCUGACCAGGAGGUAUAACUGCAUAACAUCAUGGCCGCAAGCUUUUUCCUGUUUGCGUGUAUGACAGCGAACAGCGCCAUCUGCUGUCAUGUUGUACCAGUCAUUUUUAAUUCACAAAAAAAAUCUUUUCAACAUUUUCAUUCCAUGGUGACGUAUGUGAGCGUUUGUAAAUGGUGUUGCGUCGUUUAUUUGAGGUCUUCACAGUGAUAUCACAAGCUCUGAUACAGCUGGAGUCAAAAUACGUUGGCUUUUAUUUAUGUAAUAUUUGAUAACAUUUUAAACAUUCUGCUCCAGCAAUCAUGUCCCCAGAUUGAGACAAUUUUAACCUAAUGAUUUUCAGUUACAUGUGAUUUCAUGCCUAAUUUUACCACCACACAAAUGCAAAAUAGGUUUUGGACUUGGGUGAAUUGUGACCUCUCAAACUGGGAAGCAGUGAAACGACUGAUUUGGUGUUAUUGCCAGCUUGUUUUAAUAAUUUGACUUGUCAUUUCUGUACUGUACACACAAACUUAAUGUGACCUGCCAAGAUGCAGCGGCUUUACUUUUAUGUUCUAUGAUGUCGGUGACGUAUGAGGCAGAAAGUGCCUUGAAAACAAACAUUCCUCCACAGUGAGCCGUUGCAUUCUGUUGGAAGAAGAAAAACCGUCCUUGUGCCAUCAGUCUACAAGACGCCUUUCGUUUCUGUUGCACAGUGAUGAAAAUGUCCACAUUGCUGUUGUGUUCAGUAAUGUCACAGAAUGUUUCCCAUCUGAUCAAGUGGAUCAAUAAAAAAAAUAAAAAAAACAUUU